CUAUUAUUUCUCUCGACCACCUGUCAACGAUCUUCUAACAAUCUCAUCCACACUGUUCUUAAGUGAUUACACAGCGGUAGUUUCGAAUUAUUUCUACUCUCCAAAUCAGUCGCCGAAUUUCCUUAUCGCAUUUCAUGUUGCAUCGACAAUUAGAUUUUCUGUCGUUUUUCUUCGAUUUCCUUUAUCGAUUACAAAGCAAAGUCCAAGCAAUUUACUAUCCCGAAAAGUGAAAAAUUUGCAUAUACAGCUCACGGCUAAGCGUUUACUGAAAGUUUUAAACCAGCUUUGUCCCGAUAAUCAAAGUUAUAAAAUUGUACCACAGUUAUUCUCCAUUUCCACAUUUUUUUCGCAGUCCUUUGUCAAGUUGCGCGCACUUUACGUACCGCGAAACUCGUGUCAAAUCGAGGGAAUCAUUCCCCGCGGGUUUCCCGCGAGAAGAUCGCGCGAGUCUGGGGGAAGGGCGCAGGAGUUCCAGUACAUGUAGUAUUACUAGUGCCAGGUCUCCUACACAUUUAUUACGGGUUAUUCGGUUUCCUGUGGUUUGUUCGAGGUCGAUAUGUUUUUCGGAAUUGCUUUGCAUGUUUUGACGUUCUUGGUAGUUCUCCAGAGUCUUUUCAAGCAGGUAUCCGUUCUUACUUGCACCGAAGACUUUGAAUGCUAUCAAAACGCCUCGAGCAUUUGUUGUUCUGGUUCGUGCAAGGCAUGGUGGAAUUGUAAGGGCGGCUGCGUCUCCGACGAUUCUUGUGAAGGCGAAGAGAUUUGUUUUCGUUCUCGCUGUCAGGAUCAAGAUAUCGAUUUCCCAGCUUACUGUAGCAGUGAUACAGAUUGUAUUGAAGAGGAAGAAUGUGAAUCGGGUCAGUGCAAGCCUCCUCCUCGGCCAGUUUCCCCUGACAAUUCCGAUGAAGUUCAAUUGCAAGUCAGCUUUCAUUUCGAUCCACGCAAUGUUAUUAUUGUUGGAAGCUCAGUUGGCGCUGUGAUCUUUCUUGCUGUGGUUGUAUACAUCUCUUACCGUUGUCGUAAGCGACACAAAAGACGAAGAUUUUCCCGAGGAACGUAUUCUGCGCCGACUAACCUCGGCCAUGGUGUUAGUUCGUUUUCAUCUCCGCGAAGUGAAGUUGAGACUAUCGCUCUUUAUCGGCAACAAAACAGAGUAAGGCUGACAUCAAGUGGAAGUAGUGGCUUUUCCUAUCCUCAGGGACCGCCUCCUGAAUAUGACUCAUUAACACUAGACAGUAAUUUGGAAGUAGAAUCGUCCUCUCCACCACCUUAUGACCCUGCUGAUAGAACUCUCUCCAGGAUUUCAUUUGAGGAAGCACAGGUGUAACUGAUGGAAUUUGACUGAUCGAAACUUUGAGCAACGUCAAGACUUGCCAAACUUCUAAGAGUUAAUAUAAAUUAUGUUGUUUGUACAGACAAUGUCCUUCAUAAUGCAACUUCAAUCUGCAGCUUUAUUUAUUAUUUUGCUGUAAUGAUGUAAAUACAAACACCAUCACACAAGCUGGUCAGUAUACAGCAAAAUCUGAUGGGUUGAUGCCAAGUACACUUUACUCUACCUUGGAUGAAGGAGUCUUCUUAUUUCUGUAACUAUGUUUAAUUAGAUAAUGUAUACAGUGAAUAAUUUUCAUGAG